UCGAGCGCGUUGGAAUGCGCUGCUAAUUGCGUGCUCAAAGGUUCGCGUUGCGCGAGUGUUCGCUGAGUUUGAAUUCUUGACGGGGAUCCCGAGCCAGAGACGAUGUGUUGACAGUAUCCACGGGGCGUCGUCGUAUCUAUCGAAUCAAACGCGAUCCGCAGGUGGACCCAAGAGCUGUGUGUAGUGUGGUGAAUUGCGCGGUUUGGUGCCGUUAAGUUAAUCGCUCCCCUGUGAGAUAAGAUAAGUGCACAGCACUUGGUGGCCAGCCCCAGCAGAAUGACGGCGGAAUCGCUGAAGCCGUUCCUUAAUGCGCCGAACGAACUGAAAGCGCAAUGUGCGCAAAAAUCGUCGCCCAAGUGUUUGCUGACCGCCCUGGGAUGCGCCCUCGUGGCGGUCCUCUGCUGUACGCUAAUUGGCGUGGAGGUCUGGCAUUUAAACAUGACCGAGGCUCUGCAGCGGGAAGUCGAAGACCUGAAGCUGCAGCUGAAGGAACUGAGCAGCUCGAUGCAGCGAGCGGGUGACUUCAACGAUUAUGAGUUUGAUAACGAACUGUUCCCCGAUGAGUACGAUACCGGAUACGAGUCACACUUUGACGGCGUUCUGUCGGAAAGCGCCGAGGACGGGAUGGACGCGACCGAGAUGCUGGACAGCGGCAGCAGCAGCAGCCGAGCCCUUCGAGAAGAGGAUGAGGACGGAGAGGAGGAAACGCUUGGCAGCCGCCCGGAGGAGGUCGUUCCAGAAGGACCCCGGGAGGAUGAGGAAGAAGAUCUGCACUUUGACGACGGUGUCGAGGACAUCAGCGUGUCCGUUUCGGAGGCCAACGGUAAGCGCCGAAUUCGAUCCAUUUCCGGUCUCACGCACCAGGGCGUUCCGAUUGUCGACGAACCGUACGUACCGCGCCGGAACCGUUCCCGGCGGCCACACCGGAUCUUCGAGCAGAUGCGUCAGCGGCCGGAAGAGCUGGUCACACCGCCGCCUUCGGUCGAAAUGUUCCGCUGGGACGUCGACGCCAGUUCCAGCAAACCAGCAUCCCAUCACGCAUCCUCUCAGCAGCAACAGCAGCAGUACGGAUCAAUCAGUAUCCGGCCGUUCCAUCACUCGGUUCAUGGCCGCUUGGACCCCACAACUCCGGCCCCGGUGGAGGUUCCCGCUUCCUCAACCCCUCGGCAUCAUACUCGACACUCUGGACUUUCUGCGACGAAAGCACCGGCACUGGUCCUCAAUCGGCACAGCCGUGUCCAGGUGACUGGAGACGUGACGAAAGAACAGCUGCAGCAGCAACGCUUCCCGAAGGUGGUUGGCAAUCCGGGGACACGAAAUGAGGUCGUAAUGAAACCCGAACGGCGUCUGCGGCUGCGGCAACGUAAGACCGGGUUGCUUCGGCAAGAAGGCGAACCCAGGGCAAGGUCCGUGCACCUGGUGCAGGUCGACACCAACACUGGCCACCAUCUGAUGCGCCUGAAGCACUGGGUAGCGAAGGAUGAAUCGAGCAAGCAAUCGAUCGCUGCUCGCCUGUUCCGGUUCAACGGCGAGGAGCUAGAGAUUACGGAUCCCGGCAUUUACUACGUCUACGCACAGAUCACGUACGACAACGAACACGACAUCAACGGGUUCCACCUGUUGGUCAACGGCGAGAGUCACAUCGCGUGCUCGGUUCAGGCUCGGCAUGGCAACACCAUCAGCACCUGCCACACGGCCGGCUUGCUUGAAGUGUCGGGCGAAAAUGGUGUGAAAAUUGUCGUCGAGGAUUUCGCCUACGGCCGCCAGUUCCUCCGGUACCCGGAGAAGACAUUCUUCGGCGCGUUCAAGAUAGGCAACCUGCCGCCGCACGCGAACAGGAAACACUCCAACAAGCAGUAGUCCUUCGUGGCAGUGGCCGCACUCUUAUUUUAAUGCAACCACACACACACACGCUCGAAGCUGUAUUGCACCGUACCUGUAGUUCUCUAGUGAUAAACCGACGACGGACGGACGGUUCUCAGACCCUCACCCUAUGUUAUAACUCGUCGAGGACCUAUGGUUAAUAUGUUUGAAGCAACAUUACCCACAUUUUCUUACAUUUUGGAUUGUUUUUCGCGCGAUUGAUUGGAUUGGUGUAUUUAUUUUUCCUACUAAAAGCCACCGGGGGCCAUCCGGGCAGAUUAUUCGAAUUAGUGUUUGGCUUGACCUCCGACUCCGAGGACACAUUUAUCGUUGUAUGCAUGAAAAAAAAACGACACAAAAUAAUUUUGUGAUAUUUUUAUAGCAAGCCCCAGCACCGAUCGACCCGCGGAGCGGAUUGCGGCCCAAAGUGCCGUCGAGUGGUUGCGCGGAUCGAUCGCGUCUGUGAAGUACGAUGGCGGCGGAGAGUAUGCCCCGCCAGUUUCGAGAAAAUAAAGAUGUUCG